GCGAUGAGAGAAGGCACAGAAUGUCAAUGUCGAGUUGCUCGUGCCAAAUUGAUAUCAAAUAAUUGCACAUAUAUUUUACACAUGUGUACACAUAUUACGAAACCGCUGCCUAUUAAAUUAACAGGGAGAUCAUCUGCAAUCAACACCUGACAUUCGAUAUUUGCGUGACGAUGGAGUCACCGGUGAGCAAGGAGCAGUAUCGACUCCAGCAAGAAGCAUUCGUCUCCAAUCACGGAGGUACAACACCGCAAGAGGUUAUUUUAAUGCUUAUGCCGAACAUAUGUAGUAUCUUGUUGACGUCGACGACUCUAGCAGUUUUUAGAAGGUAUUCUCACAGAAAUGUAUCGGUCGUGCUCGAGUUCGCACUAUCUGUUAUUCCGAACAUAUUAUGCUGUACCGUAUUCUCCGAGCACGUCAGUAGCGUGUGCAUCGUAAUGAUGUCCAUUACUGUACUAAAUAUAAUACUGCUGGGAAGCAGGGGAGCUAAUCUUUCCAGCUUGACUGGAGUCAUGCGGCCAGUUACCAGCAAAAGGCCCUUCGUAACGAAUUUUCGCGCAUUGACCAACAUUAUUAGCACAAUCUGCAUCCUAGCCGUUGACUUCCGGAUCUUUCCGCGAAAAUUUGCCAAAACAGAAGUGUUUGGGUAUAGUUUAAUGGACACGGGUGUUGGGCUGUUUAUUCUGGCCAAUGCCUUGGUCGCACCAGAGGCUCGGGACUUUUCUAGUCAUCGCCAAGCAGGAUUUCGAGAAACUUUGACGAAGAAUAUGAAAAACUGCUUUCGGAGUUGCAUAUUGCUCUUGGCACUAGGUCUGGGACGUUGCGUAGCAGUGGAGUACUCAGGAUACCAGAAGCAUGUAACUGAAUACGGGGUUCAUUGGAACUUUUUUAUAACUUUAGCGGUUGUUAAGCUGUUUACUAGUAUGAUUACCAGUACUGUUAACUCAAAGUAUUCGUUACUCUCAGGUAUUUGGAUAUUAGGGAUGCAUGAAUACAUUAUGAGCACAAAAGGAUUAAAGCAGUGGGUCUUGGGCGAUGGACCAAGAGAUGACUUUAUCUCUGCGAAUCGGGAAGGCCUAAUUUCUGUACCUGGUUACGUAGGACUAUACUUUGUUGGUAUAGCUGUUGGACGAUUGAUACACUCGACGUAUCAAAAUUCGCACACAAAAUUAAACAUGAAUAUUUCUGUGAAACUGUUUGGUUUCGAAUUCCAAGCAAGCUACAAUGAGUCUAUGUUGUUGUGCAUUAAGUUAUCUUUGAUAUCUGCACAAGCUUGUAUUGCAACGCUAAUCUGUGAUUCAUAUUUCAAGAUCUCAAGAAGAUUAGCCAAUGCUGGAUACUGUAUGUGGAUAGUAACAUUAACAACUACGAUGCUUACUUUCCUGUUACUUGCAGAGGUCAUACUAGAUAUAAUUAAUUAUGCAGCAGGUGAAACGUACAAUGAAAAUAAGAUGAAAAAAUUGCGUAGAAGUUUGCGGUUGAAUUUAAAGAAAUACGUGGAUAACGAGGAGGAAAAUAAAGAAUGUAUAAUCAAGAGAUCUUUGGAAAUAUUUGAGGCUGUAAAUUACAAUGGCCUAUUUUUCUUCCUAUUUAGUAAUAUCAUGACUGGUCUUGUAAAUAUGUUAGUGUAUACAUUAUACACGGAGCGGUUAGCAGCUCUGUUAAUAUUGACUGUAUACAUGGCCGUAAGUGUAUCCUCAACAUUGAUACUUUAUAGAUUACAAAUACCAAUUAAAUUGUAAAGUGUAUGUGAGAAACGAUAAUGCGCUAAUUUUAAUGAAUUUACAAUUUUUAUCGAAUUUUUAAUAAUUACGUUAAAUUAGGUUAAAAGUAAUAUUCUUCCCAGUAUUUUUAAGCUCCGUGGUUGAAAACACAUAAUUUAUAUUAAUAUAUAUGUACAGAGAAUUUGCAGCUAUAGUUUCUAAUAUAGCUAACGUGUUAUCAUUUUUCUAUAGCUAAAUAUAUAUUUAAAUAUUAUAUAUAUAAAAUAUUUAAAUAUAUAUUUACCCAUAUAUAUAAAUUUCAUUAAAAAAUUUAAGUUAAAACGGAACGCUGCCAAAUGCAACUCAUACAUAUCGUUAUUCAUGUCGCAUUUAUUAUUAUUUAAUAAAAUAAGUAUGUACACAUUAUUAUAAAAAUAAGUAAAACGUAUUUGAUCGA